CUUUAUUAAGAGAUCUAUGUCUUAAGUCAUGUAUCAACUGUCAACUAUAGUACUAUAGUACUUAGUAGAUAUAAUGCAUAUACAAAUUCAACAUAGGUAUAUGCGAGUUCCUUUAUAAUAUUCGAUAUUAGUUUUACAUAUAAAUGCGGGAAUUAUAUUAUUCUGUAUAUCGCUGUCUACUAUUAUGAGUAUAGUGGUAUUUACAAUUUUGUUUAGUUCUUAAAAAUGUAAUUUUAUACACUAUAAAUUUAAAGUCAUACAUUUUUUUUAAAACUCGUUUUAAACAUAAUUUCAUGUCAGUAAAUUAAUUAAAUUGUUUUUCUUAGUUACUAUGACAUACCUAUUGGCUAUACCUAGUAAAAAGUAAGGUCAUUGCAAGUAUUGUUAUGAUCACUAUGGCUACUUCAAGUAAUUCUUCUUCUGAUAUUGAGUAUGUUCAUCAGUUAGUGUACGAAUUGAAACUGAAUGAAUUGCAAUUCAUUUUAGAUGCAGUUAAAAAUAAUAAAUUUGGUAAUAAACAAUUGUUACGUAAAAGAGUUUUAUCUUUAUUGACUGGUCCAGCUUCAAAAACUAAAUUUUUAAGACAAAAAAUUAUUGAAGUUUUUAAAUCUAGACAGUCGACAUUUCCAUAUCAUCAACCAGUUUAUCAAACACGUCAACAGCAACAAGCAACACAACAGCAACAAGUAACACAACAACAUCAACAGGCACCUCAACAAUUACAACGGCAGCAACACUUCUUACAUAGAUUCCUUUUGCAGCCAUCUUAUUCACCCAUACCUGUAACUUAUAAUGAACCACCAUCUCAUGUAGAAACUAAUUUUGAACAUUUACCUUUCUAUAAAACUGUGGAUACAUUAUUAAAACCAAUGCAUUGUCAACCUGCUCAUAAUGACAAAGCUAAUUUCACAGGCCUAUUUUACUUAACUGAUAGCAUCAGGCAUUCCAUAGUUAAAUCAUGGAACAUUGCUAGACAAGAAUAUAAAAUACAAAUAAUUCUACGAUUAGCACGGAUAAAUUGUAAUGAAAAUGUAAGCGAGCGGUUACCUUACAAUAUCAUUGUUUCAGUAAAUGAUCAUCAAUGUAAACUACCUACAUUAAAUAUCCCAACAAAAGCUGGGGUAACACCAUGGCGUUGUAAUGUACCAAUUGAUAUUACUCAGCAAACUGAUUUAAGAAAUUGUUCACAAAAUACAUUAAAAAUAACUUGGUCUGAUGAACCACAUGAGUAUAUGGCUGGUGUUUUUGUAGCACAAAGGCUUUUUUGGAAUGAACUCCUUCAAGAUCUAAAAAAGAAUCCUAUUCGUGAUGCUGAAAAAACAAAAGAAGUUAUAAGAAAAUCCAUGGAAAGUGACCAUGAUAUGGGUGUAGAUUCCAUGAUAGCUACUGUUAAAGAUCCAUUAAGCAAAAAAACAAUGGAAUUACCUGCUCGUGGUAAAAAUUGCAUACAUAUGCAGUGUUUUGAUGCUAUUCAAUUUCUACAAAUGAAUGAACAAAAACAAACGUGGCUUUGUCCACUUUGUAAAAAAAAAGUAAAUUUUGAAGACAUUGAAGUGGAUGGAUUUUUCUUAGAUAUUGUCAAAAGUCCGGAAAUAAAUGAAGAAUGUGAAAACAUAAUUUUACAAAAAGAUGGAUCGUGGAUCUUAAAACAACCAAAAGAUCAGAAUUCUUCGUUAAUAACUACUCAAUCAAGCCAGAUUGAAGUCUUUACAUUAUCAGACUCCGAUUCUGAUUUUGAUGAAGAACCAAGAAAAAAACGAUCAAAGUAUAGUCCUAUAAAAGAUACUUAUACACCUACAAUAAAACAUGAGAAUAUUUCAGAAGCUGUUACAACAUGUAAUUUACAAAGUAAUAGCCCAAUUAAUGAUGACUUAGUUUUGGAUCUUAGCGUAAAAAGUGGUUCAUCACCAUCAACAAGUAACUCAGAUUAUCAACCCAUCAUCACAUUACAUGAUGAACCCGAUCAAACUUUGAUGAAACCAUCUAGUUUGCUUGAUAAUUUUCGAUAUCUUCCAAAUAUAACAAUUUCAGAGUCAAAUAUACGAGAUCAUAUACCAAGUAGUAACUCUGAAACACAAAAUAAAGAAAAAGAUGAAUCACGCUCAGUGAUUUGUGUAAUUACAUUAGACUAGAAUAUUUUUGUUUUUUACUACUUUCUUAUUUUUCAAAUUAUAUUACUUGAAGAUAAUACAUUUUUUGUGAAUUCUGAGGUCAAAUAUAUGUUUUAGUAAAGAUAACUCUUCUUUUAAACAAGUAGUGAUAAAGUAACCUUUUUUUUUUAUAAUCAGUAUAAUAUUACACUUCACAUCUUUUAAACUACAGCUUUUUUUAUAUUUUUUAUAUUUAUAAAUAUUAUUAUUUUCUGAUUAGGUAGGUAAAUUUAAAGUUUUAACUGACAAUGCUUAAAAGCUACAUUUUUUAAAUUA